AUGAAUUUCGAGACCAACGUGAAAUAUGAUAGCGAUAAAAAUAUCAGAAGAGCAUUGGGAUCUAUAACACUGUACUGCAUCUUUAUAGUGGUGACCACAGCGGUUGCCAUCUCAGUACGCCACCACUACUUAUACUACUUUAAUUAUGCCAUCAAGCGGCACUUUAUGAUCUAUGAACGAGUUGUAACGUACGAGGAAUGGUGGUCGGAACUAGCGGAAGUAUUUGUGCCAGAAGUAUUGCAAGAACCGCAGGCAGAAGAAAAUGACGAUGACACCACUAGUGGCGGUGAUGCUAGUGGCAAUCGAAGCCCGAAAGGUGAACUCAAUAUUUUACGUGAAAAUUUGCUACUGGGUAUACCACGUUUGCGGCAAAUACGCGUGGAGGCAGAGGAAUGCAGCGCCAGAAAGAAUUUUGUUAAACAUUUUCAUGGCAUUUGUUAUCCCAUAUAUUCGUAUUGGAAUCAGCAGACGACGGGCGAACAUGUUGGCACUGAAUAUGGCAUCGCAUCCGAUUUGGAUACGAUGCCAGUUAGCGGUCGCAUGCAUACCUAUUGGGGUGGUGGUUUCGUUCAGCCCUUGAGUCGUGAUUUAAAUGCAUCUCUGGACUUGGUGGUUGCUUUGGCUCAACUGGGAUGGCUAGAUCGUGGCACACGCUUGAUAAUUUUCGAAUUUACGCUCUACAAUCAUAACACUGACCUCUUCAAUAAUGUCAAAAUCCUCGGCGAAGUUCCUGCAACCGGUGGUGUUUUACUAUUUAUCGAAGUGAAAACAGUACAAAAAUAUGCUGUGUGGACGGGCAGUAUUUGGAUUAUUUUAGCAGCUGUCAUUUUCUAUCUAAUGGCACUGUACUAUCUCAUUGGAGGUAUAUUAGCGACAAAGAAGCAAGGUUGCAAAAAGUAUAUCAAAAACUUUUGGAAUCUAUGCGAUAUAGUAAUUUCGAUACUAGCCAGCGUAUCGUUCAGCUAUAACAUCUUUCAUCCGUUUUACCUGCGUUACUAUUUGAAGGAAGUCGAAGCAAAACCCACCGAAUAUCACAGUUUGGAUGUCAUUUGCUGGCUUAACAAAAACUACAUGAAUUUAAUGGCUGUUUUGACAUUUAUAGUUUGGGUUAAAGUAUUUCAAUUUUUCAAUUUCAAUAAAACAGCGCUCCGCUUGAAUAUGACUUUCGUGAAGUGCUACCGCGAUCUGCUCAACUUUGUUGUCAUCUUUCUCAUACUCUUCCUCUCCUAUGCCGUAUUCGGAAUGUUGCUCUUUGGUGAGGCGCAUCAAGACUUCGUCGUCUUUCCGCUAGCAUUUUGGAGCGUAAUGCGUAUGGUGCUAGCCGAUUUUGAUUAUGUAGCCGUAGAGAGAGCAAAUCGUGUGCUGGGACCACUAUACUUUCUAUCCUUCAUAGUAAUUGUCUAUUUCAUACUGAUUAACAUGUUCCUCGCCAUUAUUUUCGAUACAUUCCGUGAAAUCAAAAAGAUUGAAAUACCUUCAGAAAAUAAUCAGCUGUCGCAGUUCUUUAAAAAAUACUGGGAUAAGGGAAAAGCUGGUGGCAUGAAGGCACUGAAUACAAUUGGACUCUGCAAGCCUUCACGAUCGGCGAGAGGUGGCAAGCCGCUACGUGAUGUGGGCGCCGAAAAUGAGCCACCUUUUCCACCGAGGCCGAAGACGAAGAAGAUACAAGUUACAAGAGAUGAGAUACUUCGAAACUACUUCCAAGUUGUUAAUAAUAAGCGCGAUGCUGAGCAAAUAGACAGGCUAACUAAGCAUAUUGCCGCACUGGAAGAGAUAUUGGCUAAAAUGGGCAAUGAUAUAAAGCAUUUGGAGGCCGAAACACCAGACCCCAGCACACGACCAGAACAACCCAGACAGGUUAAAGCUCCGCCGCGUAUUAAGGUUUUUAUAGAUCGGAAAAAAUAA